AUGGUCGCGCCUCGACCGCGCCCGUGCCAUGCGCUCCCCUGCACCCGUGUGCCCGCUGUGCCCGCGUGGCCUGCCGCCCGUAGUCACCCGUCGGCCUCGCCGUGCUCCCGCUCGGCCCCUGGCGUCGCCCGCGCCCGCUCCGACUGCCCGCCACCUCGCCGGCCACCGCUCGCCCUACCUCGCACCGCAGCUGGCCACCGCAUCCCCACACCAUUGCCCCGCGCCGUCCCACUGCGCCUCGCUGCUCCGGCCACCGCACUGCUGCUGCCGCCGCGCCCGCUUCCCCCUCCGCUGCUCCCCCGCCAGCCGCUACCUCCCCUCGCGCCAGCGCUUGCCCCGCGGCCGGCCCUCGCCACCGCAGUUGUCCCUCUGCCGCCUCCCUUGGCCUGGCCGCCGGCGCCGGCGUGCGCCCAGCGCCCUCGGGCAUGCGCCCGCUCGGGUUGCGCCCGCACCCCCUGCACAUGGCGCCCGACGCCCGCUGCGCCCGCGCCCGUUGUCUCUAGUGCCAGCACCCGCUAA